CACGUCAUCUUGUUUUAAGUGGUUGCGUGUCCAAGCAAAAAGAAGCUUACGUGGCCCAAUGAAAGUGGAAGUGUUGGUCGGAGAGCGCAAGAGGCGAGUGCCGUCUUGCGAAAAUGACGCAAAGCGAAACCUUUUCAGACACUAGGACCGCACUUUCUUUUCUUCCCUGGAGCCUACAGCAACCCAAUAUCUCCAGCUCUAAUGUGAAUACACACGCUACUUCAAUUCGUAGAUCGUUUCUUCGUUCAGUUUUCGUUUUACAAUUGCCCACCGGCGGUCGUGUACGAUUGCUGUUGGGAUCAACAACUGCAUUUUACGUCUUCAUGGUGCCAUAUACCAAGGUUGAAGAAAGCUUCAACGUUCAGAUUACUCAUGAGGAGGUUGGCAUUAAGACUAGAACAGGGCUUAGCAGUUCUAGUGGUGGCUCCGCCAUAACAACCUAUAAUGAGGCAGACUCCACUGUGCAAAAAGAAGAGAGAGUGACUUCCGGCAUGUCGUUCUGUUUCUUUUCUGUUACUACCACAAUCGGAGACAUGACAGAAGAAAACUUGCCAAGAAUCAGAGACGUUCCCGUGGAAAACAGGGGUGAUGCCUUCUUGAAUAAGCUGCGCCGCUGUUUGGAAAUUGUGGAUUUCAAGCGCUUCAUAGAGCACUUCAAGGCCAAGCAAUCCCUUUCCGAUGUCAGACAGAGCGGAGUUGCCUCUGCAGUAAUACUUGAUAUGAUCGAAGCAAUAUUUGAAAGGGAUGAUAUACUUAAAGAGUUGAGCGAUUAUGUUCCUACUCUUGAAUCCCUACCGGAAGAUGCAGUCUGCAUAAUCAGGAAAAUUCUCCGUGCAAACAUUUUCAGGCCAUUUCCCUCUCCCACAGCUGUUGUUUCUGAAGAAGAGAAUGAGCUCUAUGGUCCUGGGGACAAAAGGCCACUGGUUGAAGGUGGAAGCAGAUGAUUCCAGAGAAGCCUGUUUUGUGGCA